AAAUAGUUGAGUGAACAGCGUCAGUAGAGAGUGGAGUGGAGGGGACGCAGUGAGGACAGGGUGCCAAGAGGAGACACAGAGACACACAGCCAGAUAGUCUGACGUGUAUUCUCUGAUUAAGGAGCCUCGCAGAAGAGAAAAAAAAAUAGCUCUUAUUUUUGUCUUAUAUGGAUAUUGAUUUCUUUUUUUCUUCCAACUCCUUUCCAGACUGGCUCCAUCACAGCAGCAGCACUGCGCUUCAUUGGAAUGUGCGCCGUAGCGUCUCCGGGACACGUCUGAAAAGCAAGACAGCCGAGACAGAAUAGAAAAAGAGCUUCUGCAGUCAUUCAAACUCCUUUAAGAAAUCUAAAUGCCUCUCUUUUAAUGGGACAGAUUUCCCUGGACGCCUUACACAUUUUUUUGGAGACUUUUUACGCAUUUUGGAGACUUUGACGAGUGAAAUGGGUGAUGGAAACGGACAUUUUGUCUAUUAACAGAGGAUCAUAAAGCUGUAUAAUAUUUUCUACCCAAGUGCACUUGUUUUCCCCGGCGAUGAUUGUUCUUUUGAUUGCCCUGUGCAUCACGGAUGGAGUGCUCUCUCAGAUACGCUACUCGGUGCCGGAGGAGGCGGACCAUGGCACACUGGUGGGGAAUAUCGCCGAGGACCUGGGGCUGGACCUUACCAAACUGGCGUCCCGACGCUUCCAGGUGGUGCCCAGCUCUCGGACACCGUACCUGGAGGUGAACCUGGAGAACGGCGUGCUGUUCGUGAGCGAAAAGAUCGACCGGGAGCAGAUCUGCAAGCAGAGCGCCAGCUGCCAGCUCAACAUGGAGGUGUUCCUGGAGAACCCGCUGGAGCUCUUCCGCGUCGAGAUCGAAGUGGUGGACAUUAACGACAACCCGCCCAGCUUCCCGGAGACGGACAUCACCGUGGAGAUCUCGGAGAGCGCCACACCGGGCACCCGCUUCCCGCUGGAGAGCGCCUUUGACCCGGACGUUGGCUCGAACGCUUUACGCACGUACGACAUCACCACUAACAACUACUUCUACCUGGAUGUGCAGACCCAAACGGACGGGAACAAGUUCGCGGAGCUGGUGCUGGAGAAGCCGCUGGACCGGGAGCAGCAGGCGGCGCACAGGUACGUUCUGACCGCGGUGGACGGCGGCCAGCCGCCGCGCACUGGCACCGCGCUGCUGGUGGUCCGGGUGCUCGACUCCAACGAUAACGUGCCGGUGUUCGAGCAGCCCGUGUACACGGUGAGCCUGUCGGAGAACGCACCGGCGGGAACGCUGGUCAUCCAGCUGAACGCCACCGACCUGGACGAAGGUCUGAACGGGGAGAUCGUCUACUCCUUCAGCAACCACAUCUCCAGCCGCGUCAAAGACCUGUUCAGCAUCGACGCGCGCACGGGGCGCAUCGAGGUGCGCGGCGAGGUGGACUUCGAGGAGAGCAGCCUGUAUCAGAUCUUUGUGCAGGCGAAAGACCUGGGGCCAAACGCCGUGGCCGCGCACUGCAAAGUGCUGGUCAAAGUCAGCGACGCGAACGACAACGCGCCGGAGAUCACCUUCAGCACCGUAACAGAGUCGGUGAGCGAGGCGGCGGCCCCGGGCACCGUCAUCGCGCUGCUGAGCGUCACGGACCGGGACGCGGAGGAGAACGGACAGGUGCACGUGGAGAUCCUCGGCGACGUCCCGUUCAAGUUGAAAUCGUCUUUUAGGAAUUAUUACACCAUAGUGACCGACGGCCCGCUGAACCGCGAGCACGCGGACUCCUACUCCGUGACGGUGGUGGCGCGGGACAAAGGGACGCCGUCGCUCACCGCCAGCAAAUCCAUCCGAGUCCAGGUGUCGGAUGAGAACGACAACGCGCCCACCUUUACGCAGACCGUCUAUGAUGUGUAUGUGACAGAGAACAACGUGCCGGGCGCGUACAUCCACGCCGUCACCGCUCUGGACCCGGACGCCGGGCAGAACGCGCUCAUCAGCUACUCCAUCCUUGAGUGUGACAUCCAGGGCAUGUCGGUCAAAACCUACGUGUCCAUUAACGAGGAGACGGGCUACCUGUACGCGCUCCGCUCCUUCGACUACGAGCAGCUGAAGGACUUCACGUUCACGGUGCAGGCGCGCGACGCGGGCAGCCCGCAGCUCUUCUCCAACGCCACAGUCAAAGUCAUCAUCGUGGACCAGAACGACAACGCGCCGCUGGUGCUGGCCCCGCUGGGGAAGAACGGCACCGCCAGGGAGCCGCUGCCCCGCUCCGCCGAGCCGGGCUACCUGGUGACGCGCAUCGUUGCGAUGGACGCGGACGACGGCGAGAACGCGCGGCUGUCCUACAGCAUCCAGAGAGGGAACGAGAACGGCAUGUUCCGGAUGGACUGGCGCACGGGGGAGCUGCGCACGGCGCGGCGGGUGUCGGCCAAGCGCGACCCGCAGCAGAUGUACGAGCUGCUGGUGGAGGUGAGGGACCACGGGCAGCCGCCGCUGUCCUCCAGCGCCAGCGUGCUCGUGCUGCUGGUGGACAGCGUGGCGGAGGGCCGCGGAGCCGGGGACCGCGCGGGCACAGCCAAGGCCAAGGAGGGCACCCUGGAUCUGACCCUGAUCCUCAUCAUCGCCCUGGGCUCCGUCUCCUUCAUCUUCCUGCUGGUUAUGAUCGUGCUGGCAGUGCGCUGCCAGAAGGACAAGAAGCUCAACUUUUACACCUGCCUGGCCAGCGAGUGCUGCCUGGGGUGCAGCUCGUGCUGCUCGCGGCAGGCCCGCGCGCGCAAGAAAAAGCUCAGCAAGUCGGAUAUCAUGCUGGUGCAGAGCGCCGGCAGCGUCAGCGGGGCCGGUGGCACGGCUCAUGUGCCCGUGGAGGAGUCAGGGAGCUUCGGCUCGCACCAUCAGAACCAGAACUAUUGCUACCAGGUAUGUCUGACUCCAGAGUCUGCCAAAACCGACCUCAUGUUCCUAAAGCCACGUAGUCCGUCUAGGAGCACAGACACCGAGCACAACCCGUGCGGGGCCAUAGUGACAGGGUACACAGACCAGCAGCCUGACAUCAUAUCAAAUGGCAGCAUUUUAUCAAACGAGACCAAACACCAGCGAGCUGAACUCAGCUACCUGGUUGACAGGCCGAGACGUGUCAACAGUUCGGCGUUCCAGGAGGCGGACAUGGUCAGCUCCAAAGACAGCGGCCACGGGGACAGCGAGCAGGGAGACAGCGACCAUGACGCCACCAACCGAGGCCAUUCCUCCGGCGCCGACCUUUUCUCUAACUGCACGGAGGAGUGUAAGGCGCUGGGCCACUCGGAUCGCUGCUGGAUGCCGAGCUUCGUGCCCUCUGACGGGCGCCAGGGCCCGGACUACCGCAGCAACCUGCACGUGCCCGGCAUGGACUCGGUCCCGGACACAGAGGUAUUUGAAAGCCCCGAGCAAACGGCCGAUAAGUCAUUCUCCACCUUUGGCAAAGAGACGCCUCUCAGUCACCAACACCUCCACCACCACCAACACCUCCACCUCCACCCUCUCAAAAACCAUCACCUCAGCCACCACCAGGGCUCCUUACAGGGGACAGAGUUGGAAGCAUUUGUGCCUAGCUCCAGAGCGCCUUAUAACCCGGCUUAUUUAACGAGGAAAAGGGUUUGCUAGCUCUUUCCGCGUGGACAUACCGGACACCGCGUGACUUUGCACAAUCACUCCCAGAAGACCAAGGCUAUAAGAAAAAAAGGCAUCAAGUUUUCAACCCAUUUUGCCCUCAGCCCCCCCUCACCCAGCAACCAAAUUGAAAAUGAAAAACACACUCGACUACACACAAAACGAGGAACGACCCUGCUUCCUUAAAUUUCUCGGAGCACUGCCGGAGGCACCUCACUUUAGGGAUUUGGAGACGGUCGGACACAGGGUGGGGGACACGGAGUGUGGGGGAUGGAUGGGUGCAGGCAGGUAGAUGGAUAGCCUUACUGGGAGGACGCCCAUUGUCUCAGCAGGACUGAGAAACUAACAGAGGAGGAGGAAAGGAGAGCGAUGACGGACAGAGAGGUGAAACUGGACACUGAUCUCUCCGUCCUUUUCCAAUCUGCGUGUGCCUGUUUACAGCACUAAUGUACUCACCGGAAACCAAGACUACACGUGUACUGAAAGACAAAUCAAAAAAAAAAAAAAAAAAAGGAGAGCCACCCAGAAAAACCGCCACUGAGCCCUUUAGGCGUUUGUACUCGCAGAGACGCCAAAUUGUACAGGAGAAUCUUUGUGCAUUUUCAAAAUGCAAUACCACUGUUUUUCUAUUCUGUUCGUGUGGUCAGGUGUCUCUUUUCCGAUCUACUUCAAACUUUGUAAGAAAACUUUGUGGGCAGGCUACUUUUUUUUUUUUUUAUUUAUGUUUUAUUUUAUGAGUUCUUUUUUUCUUUUCUUUUUUUUUUUUUUUGCUUUUGGGUUUGAUUUGUUUAUGGACAAUGUUUGACCUACACUUUCUGGAUUCUGAGACGUCGAGUAGUUUCUAUCAUGUGUGAGAAGUGUUUACUGUACUCUUUUAAAAAUUUUAAGCUGAAUAUAAAACUCUACAUAUAUAAAUCUAUCUAUAUCUACUUGUUCUGAAGGCGUGCUAUCCGUUUGCUGGGUUCCACAUUCUGAUUCAGAGGUUUGACUCUUGUUUAAGAGGCCCUGAAGAAGGCUUUUUGUGUUUGUUUUUGCCAGUGGGAGACAUGAAGAGAGACAGAACAGCCUUAGCAUUAUUUCAUGUUUUUUUGUUUUGUUUUGUUUUUCUUCCACUUUUGGAUAUUGAUAAAGAUCAUGUCUUAUAAAUAAAAAAGGAGGUAAUAAUUUAGAUUGAAGUCCAUGGUAAUUCUGUGUCAUUGUAACCAAAACGUUAAGGGUCCAUUUAUAAAGAAACAGAUCAAAAACAAGGCCAAAUUCAAAAAGGUGUUGUACACGACGCAGUGGUAUGUACACACAUUUCUUUUUCACAAAUUACAAACACAAACACACCAAUAUGCCAACAAUAAACUGAAAAUGGUGAAAA